AUGCUGCAGUUGUUCCUGUGCAUCUUCUUGACGGCGUUGCCCCAAGGCUCAAAGCCCGACGGCCGGCAAGCUCUCGGGGAAGGCGUCCAGAAGAAAAGAACAGCCUGGGCAGAGAACAUGGUUCGCCAGAUCCUUGCGGUGGAGAAGACGCUUGAAGCCUCGUCCUCAGUUCUCCAUGCUUAUGGUCGCCCUGCACCAGCUGAGCUGGCCCAUUGGCUGGGAAUCACUACCAAAGCUCAACGCGAGGCAACUGCAGCUGUUCUGUUCGUGCAGGUCUCCACACCCACCUGCAGUUUGAUGCAGCGGAUCCAGGACCGUUUUGUAGUCAGUGCCUGGCCCCUCGCCAGUUGGGAAAGGGAACGGUCCCGAACAAACCAGUUCUUCCUGCAGGCGGCGGAUACUACUGCAGUGCGAUACACUCGCCAGCGACAGAUCAAGCAUGUAAUCUAUGCAGGGCAUGCAUGGCAUCAAGAUGAGCGCGGGAGAAGCACCGCCAAUUUAGCAACGACUAGUCCCCAGUGACGCACUGGGUGCCGU